AUGGUAUCAGCACGAAAAAAGAAGGAGAAGAAAAAGGACUUCCAGAAGACCAAGCUCAAGGUCGGAAAGACCGCUCCCAAGAGCAACACACACACGGAUCUCAGUUUCAAAGCAAAAACUAUCUCCCUGCCGAACCAGAGUAUCGUUAAAGGCAUCACUGGCGCUGGAGGAGUCCCUGUUGGUAGCACAGUAUCGCCUCUGAACAACGAAGACUUUAAGCAUCACAUUUUGUUGCUGAAGCAUCACUCGGCUGGUACUCGAAAAGAGGCUCUUAUCUAUCUCACAAACGCCUGGAACAAGUAUUUGGCCAGCAGCGACGAUCUCGGCGUCAACAUCAAGCCAAUUGUCGACGCAGCCGCUCCGCUGGUUCUCGACCUUUCUGAAAAGGUGCGAGCAGAGUUGCUAUUGCUACUGAGAGCUCUGUGUUUUGAACCGGGUCAGGUUGAUCCUGUCCCUGCGAAUCAGCUGAGUGACAUCAGUAAGCCCAAAUUCACUCUGAAGCCUGAGUUCUACACCGCCAACAGUCCGCUUUCGUUGCAUAUUCCUAACUUGGCUCUGUACAUCCAUUCCGCCAUGACUCACAUUACUCCUGAUAUUCGAGCAGACUCGACAAAGUUCCUGCUCCUUAUGGUGACCCCCGCUACUGGCGAAUCGCACACUUUCAGCCACUCUUUCGACCUUUCCAUCUGCUCUGUACUUCAGCGUCAGUACUGGGCCAAGACACUCAACUGCUUCUUUGCGCUAUUUGGAUGGUCCCAUGAGAAGACUGAUCAGCAACUCACCAUGAGCUCCAGUUCAGUCACGGCAGGCCUGGCGUUCGGCAAGCAGGCCGCUAGUGUGAAGAAGUCAUUCCUGGAGUGCCUACAGUUGUUUCUGAGAAGUGGUCUCAGCGAGUUUGGUGUGAAAUACAAGGAGAUCAAACUGCUGGAUGCUUCUGGAAACGAUGUCGUCAUUGAACAACGACAGCCUGAAAAUCCACUGUUCCACCCCAUGAGCAGACUUUUCACACAGCCCCCCAACUCAGACCCUUUCUUGCACCUCAACCUUUUCAAAAGUACAAACACCUCGGCCACUACUACCUCCAUCACUGAGGACGUGGAGGCUAGAAACCAGGUUCUCAAAACCUACCUGGGCUCUCUUCACCACGGCCUGGAGUUGUUGGCAAAGGAGGGAGGUGAGAUUGGACGGUUGGCUAAGAAGACAAUUGAGGUUUCUGUUUGUUAG